UCCUGGGCGAUGGCUUUUAAAAAGCCUGAGCGCCCUAUUCCUAAUGCAUUGUGUGGUACAUCAGCUACGGAAGGUGCAGGAACCAUGAGCCGCAAAGUUGUGAGGUCCAGUAAGUUCCGCCAUGUCUACGGGCAACCGGUGAAGGGUGACCAAUGCUAUGAUGACAUCCGUGUUUCUCAAAUGACAUGGGAUGGGAACUUUUGCUCUGUCAACCCCCAAUUCUUAGCCAUCGUCGUGGAGGCCAGUGGUGGAGGAGCCUUCCUGGUCCUGCCAUUGUCCAAGACUGGUCGCCUGGAUAAAGCCCACCCUGUGGUCUCGGGGCACACAGCUCCUGUGUUAGACAUAGAGUGGUGCCCCCACAAUGACCAUGUUAUUGCCAGCGCAUCCGAGGACUGCACUGUUAUGGUCUGGUCGGUGCCUGAAGGUGGUCUUACAAGAUCUUUGAAUGAACCUCUGGUGACUCUUGAAGGCCACUCUAAAAGGGUGGGGAUUGUGACAUGGCACCCAACAGCCCAGAACCUCCUGCUGAGUGCAGGCUGCGACAAUGUCAUAAAAGUCUGGGACGUGGGUGUUGGACAAGCGGCCAUUUCCUUGGAUGAGUUGCACCCAGAUGUCAUCUACAGUGCAGCUUGGAACCAGGACGGCUCUUUGCUCUGCACGGCCUGCCGGGAUAAGCACGUGCGGCUUUUCGACCCCCGGACAGGAGGCACCGCAGCAAAUGAAUUGCCCCGGGCCCACGAGGGAUCUCGUCCCGUUCGGGCCACAACUGUGAAGGAUGGGAAGCUUUUUACAACAGGUUUCAGCCGCAUGAGCGAGCGACAGGUGGCCCUGUGGGAUCUGAGAAAUCCUGAGGAACCAUUGACCCUUCAGGAGCUAGAUACAAGCAGUGGCGUACUCUUGCCCUAUUAUGAUCCAGACACCAACGUGGUUUACCUGACUGGCAAGGGUGACAGCAGCAUCCGGUACUUCGAGCUGACUGGCGAAGCGCCCUAUGUGCACUAUUUAUCCAUGUUUACUUCCAAGGAGUCGCAGCGAGGAGGGGGAUGGAUGCCCAAACGAGGGCUGGAUGUCAGCAAGUGCGAGAUUGCCAGAUUUUACAAACUACAUGAGAGGAAAUGUGAACCCAUUGGUAUGACGGUGCCCCGGAAGUCAGACCUGUUCCAAGAGGACCUAUAUCCUGACACACCUGGUCCAGAUCCUGCCUUGUCCUCAGAGGAGUGGCUAGCAGGCAAGGAUGCAAGCCCCAUCCUCAUUUCCCUCAAGGAUGGCUACACUCCCCAGAAGAGCCGAGAGUUCAAAGUCAACCAGACGCUCCUGCAGGGGCCCAAGAGAAGUCAACUUCCACAUGACAGGACACAGCAAGGGGGUCCAGCUUUAGAUCAGCUCUCAGAGGACCUGAAACGACUGCAGGCUACUGUGUCGGAACAGGAGCGACGCAUCUCAGAGCUGGAAAGGAUUGUGAAGAAAUAGCUUCUCUCUCUUCCUAGCCAGUCUGGUUCUUCAUGAGUCACCAUGGACUUCGUUUCACUGGCCUUUUAAAGCCCCUUUGAUUUUUUUUUAAAAAAAUGGGUGGAUCCUCAGGGCAUUAUAAAGAUUCAUCCACCCUAAGCUCAGGGCAGAAACUCAGUUUGUCUGUUCCAGACAGAGCCCCUUUUCUGAGUUAACAGAUUCCACCUGCAAAGAUAUGAAAUACUUCUUCGCUUUGCCUUGGUGAAAGCAUUUGGGAUGAUAGCCCAUCUAUUUACAAUCUGCAGGCUUUUAUCUCCUAGGCUUCCAGUUCUGGAUCUUUGCUUUCUGGUUCCUGCUCUGCUUUUCCCCUUAGAAAACAAAUGUUCUUUCUCUGGAUUUUUUUUUAAAUGCUGCAUUUCCUCUUACUUAAAAUUUUAUUUCUGAGGGACUUUGUUUUAAUAGGGCUAAAAUAUUUAACUGAUCAUCACCCAAACAUUUGGAUCAAUAGGUAUGCAAUUUUAGUUAGUUGGUCAGUAACCCAACCCAAAAUUGCAGGGAGCAAAUCCUUUGGAAGGCAGAUUCCCCACCUUUGUGAGAGGGAGGAAGGGAAAUCUACCUGCUUAAUAAACUAUGCUUGUUUAUUUGGAACAAUUUUGCAUCUAUGUAUUGAAUUCAAACCGUUUCAUUCAUCUGAACUCAUCUGAAAGUUAUAUAGCAGACCUUUUUUAUUCAAGUUUUAAACUUGAUGGAUAUUCUUGGGAUCAAUUCCCCCUUCCCGCUAGGAAGUUCUCCCCCACGUCUGGCAUUGAAAGGCUCCCAAUGCCUAACAGAGCUAUUUAAAUCCUCUUUACCACUUUAUCUUCCAUGGAAUGGUCUACCCAUCUUAGAUAUAGAUAUUUUUUUCACCCAUGUAUUCAUCAAUGAUUUGUAGCCAAUCCUUUAAAUGUAAUAGAAUUAAUUAAUUAAUUAAUCCUGUUGAUCUAGGUGGCCCUUCUCUUGAUUAAACACGGGGCCCAAUUUGAAUAGUUGACCAAUGGCCUGUAGUGGCUUUUCCCCUCCAAAAUGAAAUCAGAGUAAGGAGCAAAGUUUUCACCUCCCACGAAGGGAGGACUUUUUAACACUGGGAGGAGCCCGGAAGGAUCUUUUCCAGGUAACCAACGUUUUAUUAAGACAUUAAAAGCUUUGGUGAGCUGCAGCUCACUUGGUAAGUGGAGUGGAGUGUUAAGACCAAUUUAAAAUGGAGGGAGAUAGAAGGGUAGAAAAAUCAAGUUGGUUAUGCAGAUACAGAUGAUACAUGAGAGGUUACAAGUAGCCUAUCAGUUAACAAUUCUAAUACAUUAAAAAUUUAUUGCUGAGAACUGAGAUUGCUUGAAUGGUUUAGAAUUUCUCAUUCAAUGGUGCUGAUAAAAAUUCGGUUUUUU